AGUGUUUUGUAAGAUUAUUGUCCUGUCCAUUUUAGGUAUUGGUCACUCCAGCACAUUCAGAAAGUAAUUUCUAAUUAGCCUAAGAUACAGUAGAUCCUAUUGUUCAAUAAACAAUGGCUUUUGUAGAAUUUAUAAAAUGACUUUUAUUUUAAGAGAACUGAAACCUGAUUGGCUAGUGUAAUUUAGCGCUCUAGUUUCAUUCAGGUAUGAGGAAACUUUAUUAGCACAAUGAUAGUUGAGGAAGUAAAUAUAUCCGUAAAUACCCUGCUGACUCCUGACAUUCAGCUGCUGGCCUUGAAAUGUUGUGCAGGUUAUUUCUGUUUUGCACUCUUGCUGUUAAUUGAAGAUUUUUAAGAGUUCAAGGGGCCAAGCAUUUAAUGCGUCAACUGACAUACUGCCAUUUGGUGAUGGAAGAUGCUGGCUUUGAGUUGGAGUUUGACGGUGAGGAAAUCUGGCACGUGGAUCCUGCAGACUACAGAGUGAGGCAACGCUUACCAGAGUUUGCAGCAGACUGGACCCUUGCCAGCGAUCUGCCCUCUCAAGCACACCACUCCAUUGGCACUUGCUUCUACAAUAUUCCUCGCUGUAUUGCAGGAGAAAAUGAUCCACCAGAAUCCAUUGUUCCUCUGACCUCACUGUUGUAUACUAAGAGAGAUGUGGAGAUCGGUGUUCAAAACACCCUAAUCUGUUUUGUGACCGACUUCCACCCGCCACCCGUGAAUAUCUCGUGGACCAGGAACGGGGAACCGGUAAAUGAACUGGACGUCACGGAGACUCAGUAUUACUCAAAUCCGAAUGACUUCAGCUUUCGCAUUUUCUCCUACCUAGACUUCUAUCCUGAGCAGGGCGACAUCUACACCUGCACUGUACGACACAGGGGGCAGGAGCGAGAAAUCACACGCUUUUUGGAGGUGAAGCAGGAAGACCCUCGAGAGGUUGAGACAGCAGUGCUGGUGGCCGGGAUUGUUGUGGGGUUUCUGGGACUGGUGGCUGGAAUUUUUGUGAUUGUAAUGAGUAAGAUGGAGCUACCAGCUGUAUGACCAUUCACAACUGUCCUCUGCGGCUUCAUUCUGUAUGAGAAACUGCUUAUCCUGUUAGAAAUACUGUUGAAUACUGCUUUUGGUCCUCAGAGAUAGAUAUAAUUCACAUCCAUUUUUUUUUUUUUUUUUUAAUAACAAUAAA